CGGGACGGCGCUCGGUGGUGCACCACCAAUCAUAUCACUGCCGCGAUGUAAAGAACUGACGGCAGCUCGGAGAUGUCGAGAAUCUCUAUAAAACGUUAUAACAGCCUUGUAGCACGCAAUUGCAUCAUGUGUGGCCUUGACUCUUGACUCUUCCAUCGAUACACAUAGUGUGCAGCGUCUCCAGACUGUAACCCAGCCAAACUUGCGCUGAGAACACAUACCAAGAUGGCGACCGACUCCGGGAAAAACAAUGGCAAGAAGCGCCCAAACUUCGUGAUCUUCAUGCCAGACCAGUUACGGUACGAUUCACUGGGAUGCACCGGUUCAAACAAUUUCAUCAAAACACCAAACAUUGAUGCUUUCGCCAAACGGGGGACCCGGUUCACAAAUUGCUUUGUCCAGGCCUCAGUAUGCUCGCAGUCCCGAUGCAGCAUGUUCACGGGAACAUAUCCUCAUGUCAGCGGGCACCGGAGCCUGGAAAACCUGAUCAAGCCAUGGGAGCCGAAUAUGUUUAGAAGUCUGAAAGAAGACGGCUACCACGUUGCAUGUCUGGCACCGAGGGGAGACACGUUUGCGCCGACCGUGACUGAGCUCAGUGUGACCGAGUACGGAUUUCUUGAAACCCCGGAGUUCGUCCCUAAAUUCGCCGGCGGAGGUCGAGAGGUCGAUGAGAGUAUCUGGGGUCGCUUGUUCUACAAAGGCCUCCGGAACGCAAAGGAGGCGCUGGAUUACGACGACGCAGUUGUGCGCUCAGCACUAAAGUGGCUUGACUGUCCACCAGACGACAAACCCUGGGUUCUGUUUAUGCCGCUCAUCUUCCCGCAUUGUCCGUUCCAGGUCGAAGAACCGUACUUUUCAAUGUACGACAGAUCCGAGUUGGAGCAUCCUGUCUUUGAUUCCAGCAUGAAGACCGGGUAUGAGCCACGCUACAUGAAGACUAUCCGGGAUCGAUACGGGACGGCUCGGGCGACUCCAGAUGUGUGGGCUGAGGUCAAAGCAACCUACUAUGGUAUGAUUACGAGAUUGGACGAUCAAUUUGGACGGGUUGUGAAAAAGCUGGACGAUUUGAGCCUCUGGGACGAGACUGUCACUAUGUUCUUUACAGACCACGGUGAAUAUUUGGGCGACCAUGGACUGAUAGAGAAGUGGCCAUCAGCGCUAUCAGAUUGUCUGACGCAUGAGCCAUUGAUCAUUGCCGGAGGUGGUCUUCCUAAGGGUCAUGUAUCGAAUGUCAUGUGUGAAAUGGUGGAUCUGGUGCCUACAGUCUUCGAGCUGGCUGGAGUCAAGGAGCACUUCUCACACAACGGUGCAAGUCUAGUACCUGUCAUCUCCGACCACAAGUCUUUCCACAAGAUGUAUGCCUAUACUGAAGGCGGUUUCCUGACCAGUGAGGAGCCUCUAUUAGAACAAGCGCCAUUCCCGUACGAUAUCAAGGCCAGCUUACAGCACGAAGACACUUCUUUGGUCGGCAAGGCGAUCAGUAUUCGCAACAACGAGUGGACAUACGUAUACCGGCUCUAUGAGUCGGCCGAGCUCUACAAUCGGCAAAGCGAUCCGAACGAGCUGCACAAUCUGGCCGCAGAUCCUGAGUACACACCAGUCGCAAAUAUGUUGCAAAGUGAGAUGUUUAGGUGGUUGAUGGCGGGAUCGGAUUUCCUUCCCUGGACCAAGGAUGAUCGCUUUCCAAAAGUCAACUUGAAGUCGCCAAGAGAGCAGCUGGAGGAACGCCUGUCGAGGGCUGGGAGGUGACGCUCUCACUUUCCUGAUGUUGUAGAGUACAAGGCCUUGGAACCAGGCUCCAGCGAUAACCUUCGUAGCAAGCUCGAACAAGAAUCACACACUGAUAGAUAUGCAGAAGAUCAAGCUGGUCUCUAGAACUAUACGGAAUGGUUAGCCAAUAUCAUGUA